AUGGCCACCGAGCUCACUCCUUCGAAGCAGGCCGCUUCCGCAAUUGAUUCUUUCAAGAUGGAGUCGCCCGUCAAGAAGCUCGAUUUCAAGAAUGCCGACAAAGAAAACAACCCCGCCACCGAGAACACAUUGUCCGAGCGGAUGGACAGCUACAAGGCCUUGGUCGAGGAAGCGAAAAAGGUUGAGGAUACAAAGAAGGUCGAGAAGACCGAGUCCAAGCCUGCUGUCGCUCCCGGCAUCAAGGCCGAAGAGUGUGACGAGCCCAUUCUCCAGGAGAACCCCGGGCGAUUCGUCCUCUUCCCCAUCAAGUAUCACGAGAUCUGGCAAAUGUACAAGAAGGCUGAGGCCUCUUUCUGGACCGCCGAGGAGAUUGAUUUGUCCAAGGAUCUCCACGACUGGAACAACCGCAUCAACGACGAUGAGAAGUACUUCAUCUCCCACAUUCUCGCCUUCUUUGCCGCCUCGGACGGCAUUGUCAACGAGAACUUGGUCGAGCGCUUCAGCGGUGAGGUCCAGAUCCCUGAGGCUCGCUGCUUCUACGGUUUCCAAAUCAUGAUGGAGAACGUCCAUUCCGAGACAUACUCACUCUUGAUCGACACAUACGUGAAGGAGCAGGCUCAACGCCAGUACCUCUUCAACGCCAUUGAGACCAUUCCUUGCAUUCGCAAGAAGGCCGAUUGGGCCGUCCGCUGGAUUCAGGACAAGGAUUCCACCUUCGCCCAGCGGCUUGUUGCCUUCGCCGCUGUUGAGGGUAUCUUCUUCAGUGGUGCCUUCGCGUCCAUCUUCUGGCUCAAGAAGCGUGGCCUCAUGCCUGGCUUGACCUUCUCCAACGAGCUCAUCUCGCGUGAUGAGGGUCUGCACACUGAUUUCGCUUGCCUGCUCCACUCGCACUUGAAGAAUCGCGCCAGCAAGGAGAUGAUCAAGUCUAUUAUCACCGACGCCGUCACUAUCGAGCAGGAGUUCCUCACCGAGGCCCUCCCCUGCGCUCUCCUUGGCAUGAACGCCAACUUGAUGAAGCAGUACAUUGAGUUCGUGGCUGACCGCCUCCUGGCUGCCUUUGGCAAUGACAAGAUCUACAACUCAUCCAACCCCUUCGACUUCAUGGAGAACAUCUCACUGGGAGGCAAGACCAACUUCUUCGAGAAGCGUGUCGGUGAGUACCAGAAGGCUGGUGUCAUGAACAGCACAGCCAAGAAAGAAGAGGCUGCCGCCGGGUCAAGCGAAAACAAGGAGGGAGGCGACUUCAGUUUCGAUGAUGACUUCUAA